AUGCAAUAUCAAGCUUUAUUCACAAUCGCUGCUGCUUUGGUUUCAUCAUCAUAUGCUAUUACAACUUCAACUCAAUUACAAACUAUUACUGAUCAUCAAACUACUGAAGUUACCAUCACUUCAUGUUCAGAUAAUAAAUGUGAUACAACUGUUAAUCAUGCUGUUCAAUCUGUUGCAACUACUACUGUCGAAGGUAUUGAAACUGUUUACACAACUUAUUGCCCAUUAAGUUCUGAAGAAAAAGGUGCUUCAUCAGCUCCAGCUCCAGCUCCAGCUCCAGCUUCAUCAAGUUUAGCUGGUCAAGCAUCAACUUUAAGUGUUGUUACUACAACUGUUCAAGGUGUUGAAACUAUUUACACUACAUAUUGUCCAUUAAGUUCAGAAGAAGAAGCUGCUCCAGCUACUGCUGCUACUCCAGCCACUCCAGCAACUGCUGCUGCUCCAGAUUCUGCUGCUACUCCAGCCACUCCAGCAACUGCUGCUGCUCCAGAUUCUGCUGCUACUCCAGCUACUCCAGCUACUGCUGAUACCCCAGCUACUCCAGCUACUCCAGCUACUGCUGAUACUCCAGCUACUGCUGCUACUCCAGCCACUCCAGCUACUGCUGAUACCCCAGCUACUGCUGCUACUUCAGCUACUCCAGCUACUCCAGAAACUGCUGCUACUCCAGCUAAUCCAGGCUCACUUGCUGCUGAAUCAUCACAAUCAGUUGAACAAGAUUCAUACGUUGACAUCACUGUUACCCCAACUAUUUCAACUACUGAAGGUGUAUUAGCUACUGAAACUGCUCAAUCCACAUUAUUCACUUCAUCAAUUGGUUCAAAUUCUACAUUAGCUGAUGUUUCAAUAUAUGAAGGUUCUGCUCACAAAAUUGCUGUUGGUUUUGCUGCUGUUGCCGGUAUAGCAGCUGCAUUAAUAUAA